UUUGAGUCAUAUAUCGUCUCCACUAAAAAACAGACGGCAAAAGUCUCUUCUCUCUCUCUCUCUCUCCUUUGAUUCUCCGUUCUCGAUCAACGACGACGACCACCACCGCUCGUUCGGUCUACCGGUGAACAAAAUUCCUUUUUCGAUUAGAAUCGGUUAAUUUUCCGCCGAUCUUAUCAGAAUGAGUAACGAGCUCCUCGACAUCGAUCCUAUCGACCUCCAAUUCCCUUUUGAAUUGAAGAAGCAGAUCUCUUGUUCUCUGUAUUUGGCUAACAAGACCGACAAUUAUGUGGCCUUCAAGGUUAAAACGACGAAUCCAAAGAAGUAUUGCGUCAGGCCUAAUACUGGAGUUGUUCUUCCGAGAUCAUCUUCUGAAGUUCUAGUGACCAUGCAAGCGCAAAAGGAAGCUCCGGCUGAUAUGCAGUGCAAGGACAAGUUCUUGCUUCAAUGUGUAGUGGCUAGUCCCGGAGCCACGGCCAGGGAAGUCACUCCUGAGAUGUUUAGCAAGGAGGCGGGGCAUCGUGUUGAGGAGACUAAAUUGAGAGUUGUCUAUGUUGAUCCACCCCGACCACCAUCACCGGUUCGUGAAGGAUCGGAAGAGGGCUCUUCACCAAGAGCUUCCGUCUCGGACAAUGGGAAUGCUCCUGAUUUUACUGCUGUUCCAAGAUUUAGCGUUGACAGGCUUGAACCUCAGGAUAACUCAUCUGAGGCCAGAGCUCUCAUCACAAGGCUCACCGAGGAAAACUCUGCGGUUCAACUGAACAACAAACUUCAGCAAGAAUUGGAGCAGUUGAAGCGUGAAAGCAAGAGAAGUCAGAGUGGUGGUGGAAUCCCGUUCAUGUACGUUCUUCUGGUGGGACUUAUCGGUCUAAUCUUGGGAUACAUUAUGAAGAGGACAUGAUCGCGUUGAAUAAAUAUUCCUCAACCCACAACAAGUCUCAAAAGUGGCUUCGGCAAAACUCAAAAGACAUGAAAAGAAAAAAGUUGUGUCAGAAGGACAUCUUUUAGUCUGUCUUAUCGUCGUCACUCACCGUUUGUUGAAUCUUGAAGUUGGUGCGUUAGAGGAUUGUAUUACGUUUUUCGUAAGACUUAGAAUUUUCACCCUCCAAAAAAAAACCUUUUUUUUUACUUUUGAACUUCUGUAAUCCGAAAGACAUUUGUUUCAUUGUGUGUUCCCCCUCCACUAAACUCGUCUUUGCUUUCUUUA